AUGGCCGAGCUACCUGUUCAACGAGCGGAUGCUCUCCUCGCGGUGCAGAAGUUCCUGAAAGAAAUUUCUCUCACUGAGCUGACCUCAUCCAAAGUCCGCCAUCAUCUCGCUGCCGAGUUUGGAAAAGAUUUUACCGAAUGUUCGACGGCCGUGGAUGAGCUGAUCCGUGAAUCCAUCACGCAGAUGCAAAACUCAUCGUCGUCGUCCAAAACAAGCCCCGUCGCUACCAUAAAUCAGGAGAAGAAGCAGCCGCCGAGUGCGCCCGAAGAGUCCAGCGACGACGGAGUCGACGACCUCCUGCCACGCGCCAAAUUGCGCCGCUCGGCAUCUGGCAACGCUUCCACGAGUCACAAGAAAAAGGGCGCUCGCACCCGCAGCAGGGGCACUUCGCGCUUUAGCGCUGUGUGUGCAAUCUCGGAGGAUUUGCAAGAAAUCACUCAAAAGCCGUUCAUGCGCCGCUGUGAUGUUGUGAAAAGCAUGUGGAAAUAUAUCACCGACAACAAUUUGAAGAACCCAAAGAACAAGAAGAUGGUGCUCUGUGAUGACAAGCUGAGGAAGGUCUUCAAAAAGAACUCCUUCCUCGGCUUCGGCAUGAUGAAGCAUCUCGCUGCCCACAUCUUCAAGCCGGAGGACCUAGGUCCCGAGUUUGUGGCCCAAGCCGAACAAGUGCAAAAGGAAAUCGUAGAGGAGUUGAACCGAAAACAAAUCGCUUCUGACAACGACAUGCUUUCCGAAAACGACUCUGACGAGGGCGAUGGCAAGCCUGCUCAGAAGAAAUCGAAGUCGGGGAUUCAUUCCUCGCAAGACAAGCAACAUGACGAGGUGAAAUUCGACCCAGCGCGCGUGAAGCCAGAGCCGAUCUCUUCGCAAGAUGGCUCUAUCCACUCUGAGAAGGACAGGGCCAAAACCGACACCGAUGGCCAAAACUGGGAAGUCGACCUUGACAAGGUGAAGCUCGAGCCUCUUUCGUCGCAAGACUCUGAGACUUCGGCUCAAAAGAAGAAAAAUGCCGACGUCGCGAGCGACUUUGAUUUGAAGAAGGUCAAGGUCGAGCCCAUCUCUUCCCAGAACAAUUCCUUCGGCGCUGAGGAUCCUGAACGCCGCGGGGGCAGGAGGGUGCUGAGCGCUAAGACUUCUCGCGAAGACGAGGCCGCAGAAUCUGAGGGCUGCUCGGCAUCCGAAUCUGAA